CCCCCCGCCUGUGUGUGUCGGGCAGGCGAGCGGCCAGUUUCGGGCUGUCUGCCUCUGUCUCUCCCCCGUCCGCCUGUCCCCUUCUCUUCCCCUCUACCUCCGGACGCCUAUUCAUGUUGGGGGUUUUCCCUGCUUCUUUUUCUCCUCCUCCUCCUCCUCCUCCUCUCCCUCCCGUAGUCUUCUCAUGCUUUCGCUCCCGUCAGUAAUAUAAUUUCACACCCUAGCUCCUCGGACGGUUCCCCAGCCGCCUCCAACCGAUCAUGUUUUCAACAGCGGAGCCCGAUCCAUCGUCCCCAACACCACCAGUGCAGACACUAUCAACUUUUAAACCUCCUAUUAGACCCGAUUUUGGCACAAUGGGUCGACCAAUCAAGCUUCAGGCCAAUUUCUUUGAAGUGGACAUUCCAAAAAUUGAAAUCUAUCAUUAUGAUAUUGAUAUAAAGCCAGACAAAUGCCCAAGAAGAGUAAACAGAGAAAUUGUUGAACACAUGGUUCAACAUUUUAAAAAUCAGAUAUUUGGCGACAGAAAACCAGUGUUUGAUGGAAGAAAGAACCUCUACACUGCUAUGCCUCUUCCUAUAGGGCGAGACAGGGUGGAGCUUGAGGUGACUUUACCAGGCGAAGGAAAGGAUAGAAUUUUUAAGGUGGUGAUAAAAUGGGUGGCAUGUGUCAGCCUCCAAGCCUUGCAUGAUGCACUUUCAGGUCGACUCCCAGCAAUUCCUUUUGAAUCUAUUCAAGCACUGGAUGUUGUGAUGAGACAUCUACCAUCCAUGAGGUACACUCCAGUAGGCCGUUCAUUCUUCACACCUUCAGAGGGGUGUUCCAACCCAUUGGGAGGGGGCAGGGAAGUCUGGUUUGGAUUUCAUCAGUCAGUCAGACCUUCAUUAUGGAAAAUGAUGCUUAAUAUUGAUGUAUCUGCUACAGCAUUUUACAAGGCUCAGCCGGUGAUUGAAUUCAUGUGUGAAGUUUUGGAUUUUAAAAAUAUUGAAGAACAGCAGAAGCCAUUAACUGAUUCUCAGAGAGUAAAAUUCACAAAGGAGAUAAAAGGACUUAAGGUGGAGAUAACUCAUUGUGGACAAAUGAAGAGAAAAUACAGAGUAUGCAAUGUUACUAGAAGACCAGCAAGCCAUCAAACAUUCCCACUUCAGCAAGAGAAUGGGCAGACUGUUGAAUGCACAGUAGCACAAUAUUUCAAGGAUAAGCACAAACUAAAUCUUCGCUAUCCUCAUUUACCAUGUCUACAAGUCGGACAGGAGCAAAAGCACACCUAUCUUCCUCUUGAGGUGUGUAAUAUUGUAGCUGGACAGAGAUGUAUAAAGAAGCUGACAGACAAUCAAACCUCAACUAUGAUUAGAGCCACUGCCAGAUCUGCACCAGACAGACAGGAUGAGAUCAGCAAACUGAUGAAAAGUGCUAGUUUUAAUGCUGACCCCUAUGUUCGGGAAUUUGGAAUAGGAGUGAGAGAUGACAUGACAGAUGUUCCAGGUCGAGUUCUUCAGGCACCUUCCUUGCUGUAUGGUGGUCGGAACAAGACAAUUGCUACUCCCAUUCAAGGUGUAUGGGAUAUGCGAGGUAAACAGUUUCAUACAGGCAUUGAAGUCAAAGUGUGGGCCAUUGCCUGUUUCGCUCCACAGAGGCAGUGCAGAGAAGAUACACUCAAAGCAUUCACAGAUCAAUUAAGAAAGAUAUCCAGGGACGCUGGCAUGCCAAUACAAGGUCAACCUUGUUUCUGUAAAUAUGCACAAGGGGCUGAUAGUGUUGAGCCAAUGUUCAGGCAUCUGAAGAACACCUAUGCAGGACUUCAACUGGUGGUGGUGGUGCUUCCCGGGAAAACUCCAGUUUAUGCGGAGGUUAAACGUGUGGGGGAUACGUUACUCGGCAUGGCAACUCAGUGUGUGCAGGUGAAAAAUGUGCUGAAAACCUCCCCACAAACACUUUCCAACCUUUGCCUGAAGAUCAACGUAAAGUUGGGAGGUGUCAAUAACAUAUUGGUGCCACAAGGAAGGCCGGCUGUGUUUCAGCAACCAGUAAUAUUUUUGGGUGCCGAUGUAACGCAUCCACCAGCUGGUGAUGGGAAGAAGCCCUCUAUUGCUGCGGUGGUGGGGAGCAUGGAUGCUCAUCCAAGUCGCUAUUGUGCCACAGUACGGGUUCAGCAACAUAGACAGGAGAUUAUCCAGGACCUUGCCAUCAUGGUCAGAGAACUGCUCAUUCAGUUUUACAAAUCUACCCGUUUCAAGCCCACACGUAUUAUAUUUUAUCGUGAUGGUGUUUCAGAAGGACAAUUUCAACAGGUGUUGCAUCAUGAGUUGCUGGCCAUUCGUGAGGCAUGUAUAAAGCUGGAAAAGGACUACCAGCCUGGCAUUACCUUCAUUGUGGUUCAGAAACGGCAUCACACCAGACUGUUUUGUACUGACAAGAAUGAAAGGGUCGGUAAAAGUGGCAAUAUCCCAGCAGGCACAACAGUGGACACAAAAAUAACACAUCCUUCAGAAUUUGACUUUUACUUGUGCAGCCAUGCUGGUAUUCAGGGAACAAGCCGACCAUCUCACUACCAUGUACUAUGGGAUGAUAAUCGUUUCAAUGCAGAUGAACUUCAAAUUCUCACAUAUCAACUUUGCCAUACGUAUGUUCGAUGUACGCGGUCAGUUUCCAUCCCAGCGCCAGCCUAUUACGCUCAUUUGGUGGCUUUCCGUGCCAGAUAUCAUUUGGUGGACAAGGAACAUGACAGUGCGGAAGGAAGUCACACAUCAGGCCAGAGCAAUGGCAGAGAUCAGCUGGCUCUAGCGAAAGCUGUACAGGUUCACCAGGACACACUACGCACUAUGUAUUUUGCUUGACAAGUGUAUUCGGUUGGUUGUUUCUGAACAGAGCUGGGCUAAGACAAGACCGGCUGUAUUUUACCAGGCAAUGUAGUGAAGAAUGAGUUGCUAGUUGUAUUGCUGUGUACACUGCCGUACCUUGCAAGUCUCCCUCAAUUAUGGGGUUCAGUGUUACACAGUAAUAUUUUAAUCAAGCCAAAUGUAAUGUUUUCCUUGAAAAGCAAAAGCAUUAAUAUUUGGAGGUCUGUGGUAGUUGUAUCAGUACAUAUCUCCACCACUGCAAGUUGAAUAAAUGCAGCCUAAUUCUGCAUUAGAUUUAAACUUGGUAGAAAGCUUUUCAAAGAAGAGAUAUGUGGAUGCAUUAAAGUAUGCAUUAGCAACUGCAUAUUUGAUUAAGGUUUGUUUAGGAUGGCAAAGUAAAGUAAGAAUUUAGAGGAUGGUGUGACUCUAAAGACAAAGUAUCCCAUUUGUUGGCUUCAAAUGGCAGAAUUUUGAGUUUCAAAAUUGAACAUUAAUGGCAUUCCUUUUUAUUAGAUCUGGAGUUUUAUCCAGUCAAUUCAAUUAAGACUACUGUAAUACAGUACUGUGAAAUAUGGCAAUCUUAAGUCAGAAUGGGGGCAAAGGUCUUUUAACAUAAAAUAAAUUUAUGAACAGCAAGUUUCAUUUUUUCCUUUGUUUGGACAGACAGUAUAAUGUGUAGGUAUGACUUUCUCAGCAGAUUGCCAGCAGAAGGCAUGCAGUCUUUUUAAGGUGUGUUCAGUAGAAAAUGUUGUGUAUUUCAAGCAAUUAAUCUUUGGAGACAAUCUAUAAAACAUUAACUAGACCAGAUGGGCACUAUUUUAUAUAUUGAGGUAAAGUCUCGUGAUAUUUUUAUAAGAUGCUGCAACUGACUAGUUCUCAACUCUUGAUACAAUAACGCUUGUGAUACAAAUCGAGUAUUUUUAUGCUAUGGUUAGUUUGCCACUACUGUGGCCAGCAGCCAAAUUGGAUGUAGGGAUUGCCAUGCCAAUUGCUUCACCUAUUUGAAUUUAAGGGCAUAUGAGAACUUUCAAAAUGUAAACUUUGAGAAUGAAGUAAAUUUCUGAACUACCUCGUGGUUACCCUCACAUCAGCAAAAACAUAAUGUGCACACAACACUGUCAAUGUUAGCAGAGCAGUUCGAAGAUGGUGCUAGUUUUUGUGCUAAGAGGCAAGAUUUAUUUUAAUGGUAGUCACACAAUUUUACGUAAAACUGAUUCGUGGAUAAAAUUUGUCACAGACUGAAACUGAACAUUUCUGUAUGAUAUAAACAUUUGUUUUGAUGGCCAAUAUGCACUUGUUAAAUGACAAAAAAAAACAUUUUUACAUACCUCAACUCUUCAGCAAAUCUUUAAAUCUCAAAGAGAGGGCAACCAGCAUAAAUUUCAGUGUUAGUGACUUAUUUAUAUGGCCAUAAAUGAAAACUAAUAUUGCACAUAGAUCUCAUCUGAGCAACACAUUUGCUUUUGAAGUUUUGUAACAAGUGUAGAUAAGGCAACUUGGAGAAUAAUUUUAUUAAACUGUUUUCAUAUUUCUAUAUCUGAUUGGUACUAUGUACAUAUGUGACAAGGCUGGAACUAAUUACAAAAAUGGGAAUAUUUUUGACAAGCAUUAAGAUUUUUGUGAAUUUUAAAAUUCUGUCAAAAUAUGUAUCUGGGCAGACUGAUAAAAUGUGCUUAGUUACAACAUGUAACUAUUUUCCAAACUCAGUAAUUCCUGUAAAUUCUAAGAUGAAGUAGUGAUGGGCCCACUAAAGGUUAUGAGUUUAGUUUUAUAAUUAGUUUUAAAGUAGUGAGACUGCAGGAUAAUUAUGAAAAAUCUGAACACCUGCUGGGCUAUAUUUGUGAUAUUUCCUUAGUACGGACACUAAGCAUGCAGUUUCUAACUUGGGAGAUCCAAGUUCAAUCCUAAGUCCUGGCUGAUAUUUCCAUUUUGAUUUCCUGUAUUAUUCAGGUUUUAACAGUACAAGAGGGGAAGUUUCCUGGAAGUGGAAAUGUUUUAGUGAGAAUAAAUAUAUUCAUCUGGUGUGUUAGUUAAUGAGGAGAUAAAAUCAGUAGUUUCAAAAUUGUGAGGGAUUAAUCUAGAAAAAUCAAGUUAUUAAAAUGUAAUUGUUUAAUGAGUGGCGAUAGCAUAGUGAAUAUGCCGGGCUUUAAAGGACACUACAUGUUUUACAGUAGAAAUAUACUAUUUCAAAAUUAAGGCAGAUGAGUAUUGAUGAUGUUGAAUUUUAGAAAUGACGCAUUUCACUGGAAAUCAGCAGACAAGAAUGAAUCAAUUUUAGAAUGAUCCUUUUCAACACACUACUUAUAGCAGCAUGUUGGUAUAUGUUUAAUCCUCAUAUUUGGCCUCAGCAGUUCUUACCAAAGAUUUAUCUUAGCUACUUGAACUGCUUGGCUUAUUGAGCUAUCACAAGAUAAGUAAAGUUUGGGAAAAUCUGCAAUAGAACAUUGUUCCAUUAUAUUUAGAACUGCUUCUUCACAUUGAGUUCUGUAUUCCUUUGGGGCAUGUGGCCUAGCACUUAUUGAAAUUGGUUACUUCUGGAUCAAGCUCAUGUAUUUUAAGUACAAAUUCAAGGAAGUAAAUUGGCAAACCAAUGUGUACAGCUUUAGAGAUUAUGGGAAAUAUAUUGCCAUAGAUUUUCCGAUUCUUGCAUUAGCCAUUGACUUUGAUGGACGAACUGGACAAUCCCUAGAUCUAUAACUCUGUUCUUGUAUCCAGGGUAGAUUUUAGUUAUUGAAGUGUCCUUAGCUAUUAAGCAAUCUCUAACCAGCACUAUUGAAAAGUUUACAUCUUGCUUCAAAGUUAUGGGUGCUACUGUGAACUGGCCCCUGCAUUCUGUUUGUGCGCUGUAUAUUGACAGUGAUAUUGAUAGUAAAUCGGAGGAAAUGGAUAAUUAUUAGAAUGCAUUUGUGCAAGCAGCAGCUCUGAGAAUUUAUUGCAGUCACUGCCAUUUGAGAAGCAAUUGAAGCUGCAAUUGGAUGAUUUAAUCUGCCUUAUAAAUUACUGCCAUUGGUGGCCAACAUUAAUUUUGGGAUAGUUAUUCUAACUAUAAAAUUGUAGAUACGGAGCUAGGCUGUAAAAUAGUUUAGAAUUUUAAGCAUGUAGCAGAAUUCAACAUGGGAUGGAAUGAUAGUUAGCAUUUUCUAUUGUAAAUGUCGUUGUGUUUAAUUAAAAAAAUAUUAAUGCUUAAUUUUGUAAUCUACAGUGUAAACUUGUGUAAACAUAAAGAUAACAAAAGUUAGAUUGUUUUUAGGUGAGACUUGCUUAAAUUGUUUUGCCACAUCUUGGCUGUGGCAUUUAAAAAUCGUAUUUACCUGAGGUGUGUAAAAUGGGUUUCUGAAAAUUAAUUUGCAGUCUUUGUAAGCAUUAUAUACUGUUUCCCUUUUGAGUCUUUGUACUAAAGACAAUAAUUAGCCUUUGUGGCCUUUCUAUAUGUAAACAAAAUCAGAUCACAUGGAUCUAGCCGGAUACAUAAUUUUUAAAAAUUGCAAUUCUAACUUAAUGGCUCCACUGCACGGCACAAAUACAACAAAACACAGAUCUAGCAAUGCGUAAUACAUAAUAGUGCACUUUGUACAAGCCAUUUUGACAGUGGUGCUAAAAAGAAGCUGGGUCGUACAGUUUUGAGAUUUUUUAAUUUUUUUUAUCAACCAAAAUAACACGUGCAAAUAUCUUAUGUGCUUAAUAGAUGUACCCUCUCUACAUGUAAAAUGUAACUUCCAUAACUAAAAUGGUGAUCACUGACAUAAUCCAAAGGUAUUAGAAAUCAUAGCCUGUUAUUUAAAUCUACAACCUAUUCCAGAGUUUAAAGUCCUUGGGUUAAUUAAUAUUAAACGGAAGAUUUUAUCUUAAUUAUUAUGCAUUUUAACAGCUACAAUUUUAAUAAUACAUACCGAUAAAAUUAUAUUUGUAGCAAUUUGACUUACCUAGUCUUCAUGAGUCUGAUCUAGUAUUGUCUGUGAUGCUUCAAUGAAGAAUUAUUCAGUCCAGGUUACUUUAUAUUAAUAUAAACACUUGACAUCAUCCAUGCAAAACAAACCCUCUACUGAUAAUUUGGGCUCAGUUUAAAAAUAUACUCUGCUUUGUAGAGGGAAGAAGAAAUUAUUCACUAAAUGUAUGGUAAUACAGGAAUCCUACUGAUGUAGUCACAGGACAAAUCUGAGAUUUGUCUCAAGGCUAUUUCUUGCAAAAUGUAAAUAUCUUUGUAUUAUUACGUAUAAUAUACCACAGUUAGACUAUCACUUGACAUUGCUGUCACUUGUUUUUAGAUGCACCCCCUCUCUAAACUCCAUUUUUGAGAUGUUCGUGGUCUUGCAGAAAGGUCCAGCUCUUGUGCUUUCUGCUCUGUUCAGAACUGUGGUGCUGCCAAUUAUUUUCAUUUGUGAACUUUAAUAUUGAUUUAUUGUCCCAUUGUUUCCAAUAUGGUUUUUAAAGCUUCGAUUGUUUGUUGAUGCAAGACAGAUCAGAUAGUACUAGCAGAGCUGUCAACUGAAACUUUCAAUUUGGUUCUUAGAAAAUAACAGAUAUUUUAAAAAAGAAAGCAGCCAAACUGUAUUAAGCAGCUUAUCAUGUGUCAUUGGGCACUUAAAAGAAAAAAAAUAAACUAAUGCAAAAAAGCAUAUCUUCCAUCAAGCCAUCAUGCAAAAUGAAAAAGGUGCUUUGGAAAUAACUGAAUUUUAGAAAUAAUCCAGAGUGUCACCUGUCUUCUGUUUGCCUGUGAUCAGAAUAAACCUCAAAAUAUUAAAGAUUAGAAAACAAACUGUAAAACCACCUAAGGAAGUGAUGACAUUUCUCAGAUUAUUCCAUUUGCUUCAAAGAUUACUUCAAGUUGAAGUUAUAAUUAGUGAUUUUUUUUGUUUAGAUUUUUUUUGUGGGAGGUAAAAGAAAGUGAUUUGGUUCCAAGAUGGCUGUACAACAUUGUAUACUUUGAGUUACCAUCCUUUUAUUUAUUUGGCCUAUGUUUCUAUAGAAAUGUGAAUCGGAAUUCUGUGUUUAAUAUUUGGUAAAUGGCUUUAAUAUUAGUUUAUGUCAACACUGCACAAGAGGGGAACAGAAGAAUACUUGUUUUUUUUAAACCCAUAUUAAGGUCACUUGGACCUAUUCCUUUUGCUCCAAGACCAGAGAAGCCUUUUUCCAGCCAAAUGUUUUCAUGCUGUGCAAAGAAAUUAUCCAUAUUUUGGAGAAAAGGGCAUAGGAUCUGUCAGUUUGGUUUAAAAACCUGAUCUUCCAUUUACUUUUGUUCCUCUUCACCCUUCUCUUCCCACUCCCAAAAUGAAAUCUGGACCUACCUCAAUAUAUUACUCUGCUGCAUCCAUAAUUAUGAAAUGAUAUAUUUCCUUGCUUCAAACCAUGAUAAACCAAAAUAAAUAAUUUUUAGUUGUAAUUAAUUUUGAUUUGAUCUGAACUUGGGCAAAGAGUUUUUUCCCCCUUGAACUUUAUUAAUAGCGCUUUAUUUUGUUCUCUGUGCCUUGUGUAAUCAUCCCAUUGCAUGUCAAAAUCUGCUGAAGGGGUUAAAUAGUAGUGUAUGACUGUUGUACAUUACUGCUUAAAUGAACAAAAUACGUUAAAAACUUAAUAUAUUUUGAGAAAUUGUAAAACAUCGUUAUUUAUGCUGCAUUGAAUGAUCAGUAUUGUUGCACUUUCUCAGCAGUCACUUAUGCCAUAUGACGGCUGUUAACAAAAUACUGCGGAAAAACGAGGUGAUCCUGGACAAUAAUUUUAAAGGAAAAGAAUGCUACUUGUAAAUCCUUAGGGCAAAAGAGGAUUUAAAAUAUUUUCAAGUACCUCAAAAGCCUGACAUAUGCUGCAUUGAUAAAGUUUUGAGUAUUCUUUGUUUUGCUGUUUUAUUGAAUUGCACAAACUCAUCUACCUUCUGUAACUACUGCAAUUUAAGAUGUUGGCUUAUUUCUUAGGGCACUGGUAGAAUUGGGCACAAAGUGGACUUCCUAUAAAUUUUUCUUCAUGCUUUUAUGUUUUAGGAUAGGGUAGCUUGGAUCCUAAUUGAAAGUUGUUUUCUAGAUCUUUUAACCAGCACAAAUAAGGUUUGUUACUUAACCUAGUGUUUGUGGUCCAUUUGCGCGUGAAUGAAGCAGUUUACACUCCCUGUGGCAAUGAAAAUUCACAUUGCUUGCAGUUUGUUUUACUAAUGUUAUGUAAAUACUUUAGGUUAAAAUUGUCCAUUCCUUUUUGGUCAAUAUUUUUUAAUGAGCUAAAUAACUAUGCUGUAAUCUCUUGACAAGUAUCAUUAUAUAUGAAUUUGUGAAUAUAAGAUAUCAAUUUUUUUGACUAGCAGUAUGGUAUGAACAUUUUAAUAAUAAACUUAUGUAUCUUUAACAGGA